AUGGGCUUGAUGCCUCAGGCCUCGGGCCUGCGGGUCGGAACCUUACGGCUCCGACCACUAGAUCAGCUUUUGCCACCGACGCCGGGAUCCCGUAGCGCCGCUCUCUGGGGCCUAGGUGGGUCAGGCAAGAUACAGAUCGCGCUAGACUAUGCGUAUCGACGAUGCGACGCCGACGACGACUGCUGCGUCUUCUGGGUGCACGCCGAUAACGAAGCGACUUUUUUGGCCGAUUAUAAGACGAUCAGCAAGAAGCUCGGGGUCGACGCGCGGCUUGACGGGUCAGACCUGCUUGAUGCGAUAAUAAUUCUUGGCAACGCGGAUGACUUGAGGUUGUUCGGAGUUGGUCAACAAGCAAAAGCAGAAGAAAUGAGCGAGCAUCAGAACCAGAACCUCCACAAAUACGUGCCUUGCACAUCACAAGGGACGGUGCUACGGACGAGUCGAGACGCGCACAUUCUUGGCCCCCUUGUUGGAUCUCGUCGCGGCAUCAAAGUGCGGUCUAUGGCGAUGAACGAGGCAACAACACUUCUUGCGAGGACCCGAGAUGAGCCAUCGACUGCAGAAGAGGCAUUGGGGGAGACAGGAGUGGAUGCUCAGCUGGAAGAGCUACAACGUCUCCCGCUAGCGAUCUCGCAAGCCGGGGCAUAUAUGCGGCGCAUGUCGAUGACGGCCGAGCAGUACCUGAGCCUCCUCAGACAAGGCAAGACUCGAUGGGAGGUGCUGAAGGUGACCGACGCUGACCGACGUCGACGGCUCGAGCUAGUAGCAGAGGCGGCUUGUCGAUAUGAUGAAGACGAUAAAGACUCAACCAGGCAAGCCUUGGAGCUUAAGGUCCUGGAGGCUGUUGCACAACUGAAAGAGUUUUCUUUCCUCAGUCUGUAUGAGACAGAGGAUAGUAGCCGAAGGUACGAGAUGCACAAGCUUAUGCAAGAGGCUAUACGAUAUAGGCUAAGGGAUAAGGAAUUCUACAGUGGCAGGGCGUUGCAGGCACGAUGCGAGCGCUACCUGAUAUAUGCCAUUCGAGUAGGGGAGUGGGCGGAGGUAGGCGAGACAGAGACGGAGACAGCAAACUUACUUCAGAGAAAAGAGAAGGAGCCGGUAGACAGUCGCGCUUGGGGUCUCCGGCGGGAGGUGCUUGGGGAGAAGUAUCCAGAUACAAUCAGCAGCAUGGCGGACCUCGCGGCGAUGUAUCAUGCUCAGGGCCGAUAUGACGAAGCCGAAGGCAUCUACCAGCAAGUACUGAAAGUCAGACAGAAAGUGCCUGAAGAGAAGCAUCCAGAUACGAUCAGCAGCAUGGCAUCCCUCGCGACGACGUACCAUCAGCAGGGUCGAUAUGCUGAGGCAGAACAGCUCCACCAGACCGCUCUAGACCUCCGUCGACUAACGCAAGUAGGCAAUUCGAAAGGACGGGAGAAGCUAGGGCAAGGAUCUUUGUGGGAGACUAUACGCAGAAAAGCUGAUAAUUUCUGCAAAUUGAGGUUUUCUCGAACACAAGGGCCUCGAUGA